AUGACAAUUCCUAUUUUGCCAGCAGAACUCAUUGGUGAAAUUCUCUCGAGGCUUCCAGUGAAAUCCCUCUUGAAAUUCAGUAUUUUCAGUAGAGAUGACAUUGAGGUAAAAGUAUAUAGUCUAAAGAGUGAUUCUUGGACUAAUGUUGAUUAUUGUGAUGAGGACACAUUCUUUGUCAAAAAAAGUUCUGGCUAUUGCGGGGAGACAUUAAUUGAUAAUGGCUCUUUUGUGGAUGGGAAACUUCAUUGGAGUACUUCUACUUCUAUUUCUGGUCCUGAUCCUAAUGUGCAUAAAGGCAAGUACAUUAUUGCUUUUGAUUUAGCUAAUGAGAAUUGGGAAAAGGUGGAGAAGCCCUCCUUUGGAGAAGGAGAGGUUGAAUUGCGUGUGCGAAAGUUGAGAAGUGAUCUUUCUGUCUUUAGCGAUUACAAGACAACUCAUAUAGGUGCUUGGGUUAUGAAAGAGUAUGGGGUUAAAGAAUCUUGGACAAAGUUGUUUACCAUCAGGUAUCCAAAGGAUCCAGAAUGGUUACCAAAAUUUUUCAUGUCAAAUAAUGGUGAAAUAUUUGUAAAAAACCUCAAUAAACUGAGAGAUAAACUUCCAUCUUAUACAAUCAAUGACUUACAGAUACAGAGAAAAGGAUUACUCCUUCUAUGA